AUGCAAACACUGGCAGCUCUUUGUCUAAUAGCUGACAUCAGCAGCAUCACUCUGGUUGUUCUCCUGACAAUCCCUGCCAUUCGAACCUUACUCGUAUCUGCAGUGAGGCGUAUCCAUGGAACGGACGGGUGCUUUUGCGAAUUUUACGUCGAUCAAGAUGGAGAAGCAGACAGAGCGUCGAUUGCCGCGUCCAGGAAGGAGUUUGAGAGAAUAUUCAGUACGAUGGCAGUCGUCAGCGGGGGGGCAACAGCUUUGGCGCGAACAAUGCUGCCUGCCAAAAUGUUUUCCUUCAACAUCUGGGCACAGCUCAUUCUCUGGAUUCUUCAACUCGCUCAAUCAACAGCCCUUGCGAUAGAGAAUUCGCCCACUGCUCGGUUCUCCCUAGGAUGGAAGCAUGCGCUCAGUGCUUUAGUCACCAUCACCAGCCUUGGAUGGGAGCUCUUCGCAAGACACAAGACCGGCCUUUUGGAUGAUGUCCACUCUUAUACAAUGGGUGUGGAAAUUGGUGUAGCGAUACUGAUUGUGAUCAUAAGCCUCUCGCUGCCUCGACGUCCGGAUGUAUACCGACGUGGAACUGUGGUCGACAGAGAGCUUACCACGUCCUUUCUAGGCCGUGUGACAUUCAGUUGGACUAACCUCCUAAUUCGACGGUUUUCUCGCAAAAUUGACGUUGACAUUGACCAUCUGCCGGAGUUGGAUUUCGACACUCGAGCAGGGAACCUUCAAGAAUCCUUCGCGCAAUCACAUGCUCAGGCUUCAUGCUAUGGAAAAGGCAGGACUUCCUUAUGGAAAGUCCUUGUGUUCUCGAACCGCCGACAUCUGCUGUGCCAGCUUGCUCUUUCAGUCCCGGCGAGCUUCCUGGCGUUCGGUCCCCAUCUUUCCCUUCUUCGGAUUCUUCGGAUCCUCGAGAAACGCUCUGAGGGGGCAAAUGUUACUGGAGAUCUUUGGUUCUGGGUGUUGGCCUUGGGGAUAUCCACAAGUCUAUCAGCAUGGCUUGAGGCUUGGAUUGGUUGGAUUGCUUCUAAUAAACUCGCUAUCCGAGUGUACGAGCAGCUCUCCGCUGUCAUGUUCAGCAAGGCAAUACAUUCGACAGCAUCAAGUCAGAACGAUCUGAAGAGCAACGGGAAAGAUGACGGUGCUCAAGAUACACAGGUUGCUGUGAAUCUUGUGGCAGUGGAUGUGCCACGAAUUGCUGGAAUUGCAACUUUCCUAUACAGCUUCCUUUUAGCGCCGAUGAAGCUGGGGGUCGCUUGCGGACUCCUGCAGCACGUCCUUGGCUGGAAGAGCCUCUUGGCGGGAAUGACUACUUUAGCGCUCCUCAUGCUUCUGAAUCAUGCCUGCAUGGCUAGAUAUACUCGGGCAGGGAAGGAUUUGAUGGCAUGUCGUGACCGCAAAAUCAUCGCUUUGACAGAGGCCCUUCGUGGUAUACGCCAGAUUAAGUUCUCCGCCGCCGAGGAUAGGUGGGAAGAACAGCUGGGCCAACUCAGGGAUGCAGAAUUGCUUGCCCAGGCGACCAGCUUUCGGUGGAAUGUGAUAUGUUUCUCACUUUGGGUUCUGGCCCCAAUCCUUCUGUCUGUAGUAUCUCUCUCCGUUUAUACUAUCAGCCAUGGAGAACUUACAGCAUCUAUUGCCUUCACUGCAAUUUCUGCUCUUACCUCGAUUGAGAUUGCCUUGUCCACACUUCCAGAGUUAGUCACAAACGCAGCGGAUGCCUUGAUCAGCAUCAAGCGCAUCGACAACUUUCUGAACACCCCUGAGAGAAAGUCCUCUAUAAUACGAUCAACCACCAUCCGCUUCGAUAACGCUACAGUCGCCUGGCCGGACAGUGCUCAAAUCAGCGAGGUGACCUCAGGAACACCAUUUGUGCUACGAAACUUGACGGUACACUUUCCUGAACAUAAAUUGAGCCUUGUGUGUGGCCGAACAGGCGCUGGUAAAAGCUUGUUGCUCGCUGCGAUACUCGACGAAUGCAAAAUUCUGGAUGGAAUAGUCAGAAGGCCGUCAAUUAUGUCUUCCAGACGCAUGUACAAGCUUCCCAGUCCCGGGCAAGAUUGGAUAAUAGACUCUGCAACGGCUUACGUUGCUCAGACUCCGUGGAUAGAAGCAGCCACAAUUCGCCAGAACAUCUUGUUCGGGAUGCCAUUCAAUGGGGAGCGAUAUAGGAAAGUCCUCUUCGCAUGUGCUUUGGUCCGAGAUCUGCAGAUCCUGGAAGAUGGAGACCUUACUGAGGUCGGACCGAAUGGAGUGAAUCUGAGCGGCGGCCAGAAAGCACGCAUCUCUCUUGCCCGCGCUCUCUACAGCCGCGCAGGCAUCAUGAUCAUGGACGACAUCUUCAGCGCGGUCGAUGCCCACACCGCGCAACAUCUGUAUGAGCAUGCUCUAGCAGGCGAGCUCGCACAUCGCCGGACUAGGAUACUCGUCACGCACCACGUGCGACUCUGUCUACCCCGUGUGGACUACUUGGCUUAUUUAGAUAACGGGAAUCUCAUAUAUGCUGGAUCUAUGACUAAUAUACGAGACAGCAGCGUACUCGAUGAGCUUCUUGGCGGUCAAUCUGAUGAGGAUAGCACGGCAGCUGUGUAUGAGAAUCCUGAAGCACCAGGGCCCCAGGAACAGUUCGCAUGCUCCAACGAAAGAUGCCAUGACUGCCCGGUAAAUCUUAGGUUUGCGCAGCGUUCAAGUGUUUCUAAACGCCCUAGAAAUUUUGUGGAGGAGGAAGCUCGCGAAAAAGGGGCCAUUCCCCUGAGCGUCUUCCGUGGAUACAUCCAGAAAUGCGGCGGAUGGCGGGCGUGGGCCGUGCUGGCUCUCUGCUUUGCGAUGUAUACUGGCCUGGCACUCGGAAAAGGUUGGUGGCUAGGCCUAUGGUGCGAGCAAAAAAGAUCACCGUUGGCCUCGUCUGGGGUAUCGCCUGAGCUACAGUUCUACCUAGGCGUAUACAUCGCUCUGUCGGUCAUUGUUUGGAUAGUAGGCUCGUUGAGGUCCUACCUUGCACUCACCGCGUCGCUUCAGGCUUCGCGACGUCUUUUCAGCCAAGUAUUGCACGCCGUCUUCCGAGCACCACUUCGUUGGCUCGACACCGUACCAUUAGGCCGUAUUUUGAACCGAUUUACGGCAGACUUCAACAUGAUUGACUCACGUCUGGGGUUCGAUGUAACGCUUCUUUUGGGCGAGAGCAUGCAAGCACUAGGCGCUGUCAUUGCUGGAAUACUGGUCAGUCCCGUCAUCGUCGUUUUCUCCGGAAUUGUAGCGUGGGUGUGCGGCUGGUAUGCCCGCCAAUAUCUUGCCGUGGCACGAGAAUUGAAGCGACUUGAAAGUGUAAGCCGAAGUCCUAUCUACGAGCUGCUUGCUUCUUCUCUUAGCGGACUCUGGACGAUCCGUUCCUAUCAAAGGGUGGAUUCAUUCGUUGAUAGAAUGCAUGGGCUGAUUGAUCGACAUGCUCGUGUCUACUGGAAUCUUUGUCUUCUGAAUCAUUGGCUUAAUUUCCGUAUCAACAUCAGCGGCGCUCUGUUUGCGACUGCGGCGGCAAUGAGCUUCACUCUCCUGCAAGACCUGAAAACGUCAUCAGCCGGAUUCGCGAUUAGUUUUAUCAUUCAGCUGAGCGCAGCGCUUGCCAUGGCGAUCAGGAUGUAUGUCAUGUUCGACUUGGACAUGAAUUGCGUGGAGAGAGUGUUGGAGUACUCCGACAUCAAGACAGAACGGUACGAUGGCCAAGAUGCCCCGGCCGCAUGGCCGCCCAAAGGCCGGUUGGAAGUCACAAACCUAUCAGUGGGCUACGCACCCAAUCACCCAUUGGUUCUCCGUGGGGUAAGCUUUGAAGUCGAGCCCAACGAACGAAUUGGUAUAGUAGGCCGUACCGGAGCGGGCAAGUCAUCGCUGGCGCUGGCUCUUUUCCGGUUUCUUGAAGCUCGGGAAGGGCGCAUUCUCAUCGAUGGCAUCGACAUCAGCCAGAUCAAGCUUCAUCACCUGCGUCGUCGAAUGGGUAUUAUCCCGCAAGAUCCGACGUUGUUCGCCGGCACGAUCCGGUCCAACCUCGAUCCUUUCCAAGAGCAUGAUGACAGCGAAUUGCUUGCUGCCUUGGAUCGUGUACAAUGGUUAGCACAAGAGGGUAGCAGGCACUCAACGGCGAAGGGAAUAGCGGCUAAGGGGCCCAGCUGCCAAUCCUCUCCGGAUAUCCUGCAAGAAAAAACGCAUCUUUCUCCCCUCGACACCCCUGUCGCGGGAGGAGGGUCGAAUCUUUCGCAGGGCCAGCGGCAACUGCUCUGCCUGGCUCGUGCCAUGCUUUCCGCGCCCAAAGUCCUCGUGCUGGACGAAGCCACAUCAGCGGUAGAUAAUGCUACUGACGAGGUGAUCCAAAGGUCUAUCCGGUCCAGCUUUGGGCAGGGGUCAACGACGAUGCUGGUGAUUGCGCAUCGUAUUAGUACCGUCGCAGAUUUUGAUCGAAUUCUAGUGCUUGACGCAGGUAAGGUGGUAGAGUUCGCUUCUCCACGGGAUCUGAUGCAGCUGAAGAACGGGAUAUUUCGGCGAAUGGUGGAAGAGGAUGGAGAGAGCGAAUAUCUCAAACGAGUGAUAUUCCGCAACACUUGA